AUGCAACGCUGCCAGCAGACGCGGCCGCAACCAGGCGCACUUGCCCAGCCUGCACUCCUGCCCACGCCCCCAGCACCCGCGGAGACCAGCGCCGAGGAUGCCUGCCAGCAUAGCCCACCUCCACUGCUGCCUACUCAUCCAGUGCCGGCGGAGAUCGAGGCUCAAGAUCCCUGCCAGCUGAGCCCACCUCCACUGCCGCCUACUCAUCCAGUGCCGGCGGAGAUCGAGGCUCAAGAUCCCUGCCAGCUGAGCCCACCUCCACUGCCGCCCACCCCUCCAGCGCCGGUGGAGACCGAGGCUCAAGCACCCAACCAUCUCAGCCCAUCUCCACUGCCGCCCACCCCUCCAGCGCCGGUGGAGACCGAGGCUCAAGCACCCAACCAUCUCAGCCCAUCUCCACUGCCGCCUACUCAUCCAGAGCCGGUGGAAACCGAGACUCAAGGACCCAGCCAUCUGAGCCCACCUCCACUGCCGCCUACUCAUACAGAGCCGGUGGAGACCGAGGCUCAAGGUCCCUGCCAUCUGAGCCCACCUCCACUGCCGCCUACUCAUCCAGAGCCGGUGGAGACCGAGGCUCAAGGACCCAGCCAUCUGAGCCCACCUCCACUGCCGCCUACCCCUCCAGUGCCGGCGGAGACCGAGACUCAAGGUCCCAGCCAUCUGAGCCCACCUCCACUGCCGCCUACUCAUCCAGAGCCGGUGGAGACCGAGGCUCAAGUUCCCAGCCAUCUGAGCCCACCUCCACUGCCGCCUACUCAUCCAGAGCCGGCGGAGACCGAGGCUCAAGCACCCAACCAUCUCAGCCCACCUCCACUGCCGCCUACUCAUCCAGAGCCGGUGGAAACCGAGACUCAAGGACCCAGCCAUCUGAGCCCACCUCCACUGCCGCCUACUCAUACAGAGCCGGUGGAGACCGAGGCUCAAGUUCCCAGCCAUCUGAGCCCACCUCCACUGCUGCCUACUCAUCCAGAGCCGGUGGAGACCGAGGCUCAAGGUCCCAGCCAUCUGAGCCCACCUCCACUGCGGCCUACCCCUCCAGUGCCGGCGGAGACCGAGACUCAAGGUCCCAGCCAUCUGAGCCCACCUCCACUGCCGCCUACUCAUCCAGAGCCGGCGGAGACCGAGGCUCAAGCACCCAACCAUCUCAGCCCACCUCCACUGCCGCCUACUCAUCCAGAGCCGGUGGAAACCGAGACUCAAGGUCCCAGCCAUCUGAGCCCACCUCCACUGCCGCCUACUCAUCCAGAGCCGGUGGAGAUCGAGGCUCAAGAUCCCAGCCAUCUGAGCCCACCUCCACUGCCGCCUACUCAUCCAGAGCCGGCGGAGACCGAGGCUCAAGGUCCCAGCCAUCUGAGCCCACCUCCACUGCCGCCUACUCAUCCAGAGCCAGUGGAGACCGAGGCUCAAGGUCCCAGCCAUCUGAGCCCACCUCCGCUGCCGCCUACUCAUCCAGAGCCGGUGGAGACCGAGGCUCAAGGACCCAGCCAUCUGAGCCCACCUCCACUGCCGCCUACUCAUCCAGAGCCGGCAGAGACCGAGGCUCAAGGACCCAGCCAUCUGAGCCCACCUACACUGCCGCCUACUCAUCCAGAGCCGGUGGAGAUUGAGGCUCAAGAACCCAGCCAUCUGAGCCCACCUCCACUGCCGCCUACUCAUCCAGAGCCGGCGAAGACCGAGGCUCAAGAACCCAGCCAUCUGAGCCCACCUCCACUGCCGCCUACUCAUCCAGAGCCGGUGGAGACCGAGGCUCAAGGACCCAGCCAUCUGAGCCCACCUACACUGCCGCCUACUUAUCCAGAGCCGGUGGAGACCGAGGCUCAAGAACCCAGCCAUCUGAGCCCACCUCCACUGCCGCCUACUUAUCCAGAGCCGGUGGAGACCGAGGCUCAAGGACCCAGCCAUCUGAGCCCACCUACACUGCCGCCUACUCAUCCAGAGCCGGUGGAGAUUGAGGCUCAAGAACCCAGCCAUCUGAGCCCACCUCCACUGCCGCCUACUCAUCCAGAGCCGGCGGAGACCGAGGCUCAAGGACCCAGCCAUCUGAGCCCACCUCCACUGCCGCCUACUCAUCCAGAGCCGGUGGAGACCGAGGCUCAAGGUCCCAGCCAUCUGAGCCCACCUCCACUGCCGCCUACUCAUCCAGAGCCGGUGGAGACCGAGGCUCAAGAACCCAGCCAUCUGAGCCCACCUCCACUGCCACCUACCCCUCCAGAGCCGGCGGAGACCAGCGCUCAUGAUGAUGGCCAAUGGAUCCCACCUGCAGCCCGGAGGGAAAGACAGUGA